AUGGAGCUAGAUGAUACUCUCGUCGAGAAGAUCUACUCGGACUUUGUCGCGUUGUUGAACACGGAGCUGGAGCUGCGAGAGUUCUUGAGUUUCCUGCCAGUUCUCCGUGGUGGCUUGCGAACUGUCGCACAGGGAAUCUUCCAUUCGUCCAUCAGCGUCAAGUACAACACUGUGGUCCUGCUGAAGCGUCUGGAACAGUUUUCGUCAACAGCAUCCAGCGUGCAUCAGCUGAACCCAUUCCUUCUGAUGUCAUUCCAGCGGAUUCACGACGUUGUCAAGCCGGAUACCAGAGAAUAG